CUCUCACGCACAGCAGAGCAGAGCAGCGCCUGGGCCCCGCCGCCGCGUAGAUAAACAACAGCGAGCGAGCGCCUCGGAGCGCGGAAGCGCCAGAGAAAGAAGCCCCGGAGAUCCACAGGCGAGACAGGGACUGGAGACAAAGCGACAACAGAAUGGAGACCGUCGAGCAGAGCAUGGAGCAGGCGGCGCUCAGGGAGAAGAAGUGCGUGCGCUGGGGCACCGUGAGCGUGCUGGAGUUCCGCGUGGGCUACAACGCCAGCACGGUGCCGGAGAGCGGGGGCCCGCCCGUGGGCCUGGUGGGGCGCCCCACCCGCCACUCGUACUCGAUGCUGCCGGCCGAGGAAGACGACGCCGAGGCCAGCGACAGCGAGUGCGAGAGCGUGGACUCGGACGCGGAGAUGCUGCUGGCGGAGACGGCGCCGCUGCUGACCACGGGCCGCAGGUGCCUUACUACCUACUGUAAACUCCCGGCGAAUGGGUGGAUUUUGGUGCUGGAUACAGGUGCGGUGGGGGUAAACCAGCUACGUGUAGGGAUCAAGGGGGCUGUCACUGGCGCACGAAGUUUGCAGGGUGCUGGUGCAAGCUUCAAGUUUCAGGGCAUCAUGAAAAGAUUCGAGCGAAUCUUUGGGGUGCACUGGAGGGCUGUAAAGUGGCCAGUAAUCAUGGUGAGCGCCGUGGCCAACAUCGAAAGUAAAUGA